AUGUACGUCAACGUCGGCACGCCACGCACCCGGAUGCUGGCCCUCGUCGACACCGGCAGCGACCUCGUGUGGCUCAGAUGCACCAACGGUUCUGCUUCUCCGGCACCGCCGCCGCCAGCAGCGGCAGCAGCAGCCGGCGGGACGAGCAGCGUGUUCGACCUGUCCUCCUCGUCGACCUACGGCCUCGUGGGCUGCCAGUCCGACUCGUGCCACUCGGUCCACGGCACCUCCUGCGACGCCACCUCCUUGUGUCAGUACAGCUACUCGUACGUGGGCGGCUCAAGCAGUAGCGGCCUCGUCUCCACCGAGACCUUCACCUUCGACGACGCUCCCGGUGGCCCGCAGCUGCAAGUGCCCAGAGUCAACUUCGGCUGCGCCACCACCGCCAACUUCCCCGGUUACGGCAUCGUAGGCCUCUCGGACGGGAAAUCUUCCCUGAUCAACCAGAUGAGCGCGGCCACGUCGCUCGGCCGGAGGUUCUCCUACUGCCUCGCGCCCUACUUAAGCGACGCGUCCUCGGCGCUCAACUUCGGGUCCCGCGCCACCGUGACGGAGCCGGGCGCGGUGACCACGCCGAUGGAGGCUUCCUACACCGUCGAAAUCGUGGCCGUCAGGGUUGGGAACUCGAUCAUCAAGCUGCCGAAUUCGAAGCGGUCCCCCGUCAUCGUCGACUCCGGGUCGAUGCUGACGUCCCUCGACGGGGAGCUGCUGGACCCCAUCGUGGAGGCGCUCGCCCGGAGCAUCAAACUCCCGCGCAAGCAGUCGCCCAACCCGGAGCUGUUUUCGGUGUGCUACCAGGCGGACGGCAUGAAGGCGCUGGAGAAGGUUUUCCCGGACGUCACCUUGGAGCUGGGCGGGGGCGCCUUGGUCAAGCUCAAGGCGGAGAACGUGUUCAUGGACCUUCUGCUACGGACCGUGUGCUUGGCCAUCGUGCCGGUGAAGUAUGAGGGUUCGGUUCCGACGAUCGGCAGCGUCAUGCAGCACAACAUGCAUGUCGGCUACGACCUCGACAAGCGCACCAUCACCUUCGCCCCUGCCGACUGCGCCACCUCUUUCCCCUCUCCUCCCGCCUCUGUUGUCUAG